CUUUUUGUCUGUCUCCUCCUAACUGUUCUCCCCCCUCCCUCUGUAGCUCCAUUUCUGCUCCCUUUCUAUAUAAGCUUCCCAAACCCUGCCCAGACUUAUCCAGAGACAACUCAGCCCCAAGCCCCAAUAACAACAACAGCACACAGCCACAGAGGCAAAGGCAAUGGCCACAUUUAACUUAGCCCAGCCGGAGGACAUGGGGCCAGCGCUGCCCAGGGGAGCUCUGUUUGGAGGUGGCAGUACCAGGGGGACAUGCAGGAGCUUGUUUGGACCCAUAGACCACGACGAGCUGAGAUCUGAACUGCAGAGGCAGCUCAAGGAGAUCCAAACAUCAGAUUGUCAGCGUUGGAACUUUGAUUUUGAAGCUGGCACACCAUUGAAGGGUGCCUUCUCCUGGGAGCCCCUAGAAAGCAAAUCAAUGCCCACCGUCUACAGGGAAAGCAGACUGUCCCCUGUCAGCACAGCACAGGUGCCCAGGCAAACCCAGCAGCCCACUGUAAACAGCAGAAUUCCUGUGCCAACAGAGGGCAAGGAGGAGGCACCAGUGGAAGCAGUGCUGCUCACCCUUGGGGGCACAGAUUGCGCAAAGGAGAACGCAGAGCUGGCAAUCAGGAGGUGUCAGGGAGUUAAAGUACCGACCAAAUCCUCUACUCACAUCACUUCCCAGCUUAGGAAGAGGGAGGUCAGCACUACCAUAACAGGUAAGAUCCCUGCUUUAAGGAAUAACUCACAUCCCUGCCACAGACACCUUAGAGGGCACACUGUCAUGCCAGUCUCUUUUGUUUUUAAAAGUGUCAUUUGGACAAUUGAGAAUGAGCAGGUUGUACUUAAAUGUGCAAUGCCAGGACAGUCAUAGUGGAAGCAACUGCUUUAAAUUGGGAUGUCAUGAAAAUCUGCCACUUUUUUUUUGUAAAUUAAUUGUUGGCACCCCCUACCCCCCUUUUGGUUUAAUGUUUUUUUUGCCUAUAAUGGGGUUCUUGGUUUAAAUGUUUAAAUGUUUUCUAAAGAAAAAACAAAACGUGUGUGUGUAUAUAUUUUUUGUUUGUGAGUUGUUUUUUUUCUAGUUUAAUAAUAUUCUUUAACUUUUUUUUCCGCAGAUUAUUUCCCCAAAAGAAGAAGAGUAACAUCAGUUGCAAAGAGUGACAGUCUGAAGGGUACCCACCCAUUUUGCACUUUGGAGCAGACCCCCAGAAAAAAAAUCAGAUGAAUCUUUGGUGAGUAUUUCAGAGUGGAUGGAAUAUUGUGCUUUAUUUUUAUUUUAUUGUUAUUAUUAUUAUUUUUUUACAAAUGUUUUGUUAUUUUUAUUAAAAUUUUUUUUUUAGAAUUUUUCAAAUAUUUUUUUUCAACAUUUUUUGGGUAAAAUAAUCUAUCAACACUAUGUAUAAUAAACCACAAGAGUGAGUUAAGGACAUUUGCUUUUAGGAGGUUGGGUGGAGAAGGGUCUUUAAAAAAAAAAAAAAAAGUGCAGAGUUGUCCUGCAAGAGUUGUUUUGGUUGUAGAAAGUGGAGUUGUUGACUGCACAUGAUUCUGCUUUUUUCCACGGAGUGUUACUCAAUCGCUUCAAGCUCCUCCUUGGAAAGUUCUGAAAAAAAAAAGAUUAAAAAAAAAAAAAAAAGAAAAAAUUUGCAAAACAAGCUGUACUGGCGGGAAAGGAGGUUACAAGAAGGGAAGAAGGUGGGGGAUGGGAGCUUAAGCUUGAAAGAGAGAGAGACUGACUGCUUGCCUAGUGAAUAAACAAGGGCAGGGUUUGCAAAUGGCUGAGUGCUGCGGGGCUUAAAAAAAGAGAAAAAGCUUGUUUCUGCUAUGCAGCAGCACUUUCUUCUCUCUUUUUUUUUCUUCUUCCAAUUUUAUUUACGUUACCUGUGUUUCUCUGACUUCUGCAUUAUAUAGUUUAAUCGUGACUUGUUUUUACUAAAUAUUUUUUUUUUUUUUUAUUUAAUUUUUUAGAUCUGCAUUUUUUUUGACUGAUCAGGGGAAUAUAUAAAGCAGCCAGAAGACAAGCGUCGAUCUCCGUUGCCCACCUCCCAAAGGAGUGAAGGAAAAGAGACUUUGUUUUCGUAUUUUUUUUUUUUUCAUUAUGUGCUUGGAGCUAGUCGACAACGUUCUGGCGGAGAGAAUGAGGGCUCCUGUUACGGUUGUGGAGGUUGAUGCACCGUCUGGGAUGAGGACUUUCUAAAUAUUACGCAUGGGUUAAUAAAACAAAAAAACUGACGCCACAAACUCUUGAUCCAUAUAUUGGAUAUCUGUAGCAUUUUUUUUUUAAAUUUUUUUUUUUUACACAUUACUUUUUUGAGGGGAAGCAGAAUUUUUUUUUAAAUUUUUCUUUAAGGGUUGAGCUAACAGAGCAAUCCACCAUUUUUUUUUUCCUGUUUUUGUGCUGUGAAUGUUAACUUAAAUAUCUUAAAUUUGCAACUUAAUAAGAGCCAAUAGACAUGCACAAGUGAUGUAUGGAGCAUUUCAUAAUGUGUAAUCAUGUUUAUUGUUUUUUUGCACUGUUUUAUUUUUAUUAAUAUAACACCAUUAUGUACAGCAAAAAUGUAACAAAGCUUAAACAAAAAAAUGAAAAACAAACAAAAAAAUAAGUUAUAUAUUUAUAUAACGUGUUGGAAUAUUCCAAUGUUAAGCCAUAAUACUGGCUACAAAAACCGUUAAUAGAUGUUAUACGUAUGUCUCCAUUUUGGAGAGAUAAAAGUAAUUGUUUCGUAACUAUGCAUGUACAGUGUUCUAUAUAUAUUUUUUGUUUUGUAACUUUGUUUUGAAAAAAAUGUACAGAUUAUUGCAAUAUCUUCAAAAAGUAAAAUAUAUGACUUUUAUACCUUA